GCGGGAAAGUGAGCAUUGAAUUGUCGGUUGUCAGAAUCACACGCCACUCCGACGCUUCUACUUGCUGAAAGAAUGAGGUCCUACACGUUCGUGUCCGUCGCUCUCGCAAUCGUCCUUUCUUACACCGUAUGUGUCAAUACAGUGGUGGUAUGUCCUCAAGAAAAUUGUAUUCAUCCCAGUAAGUGUGACGACUCACCAGACAGUAAUAUGAGUAAUUUUCUUUGCUUAAAUAAGCAAGAUGCAGCUUCGUGCUGCAGUGUUGUUAAGGAGGAAUUUCGAACCCAUUGCAAACAUCACGGUGGAGAAUGUAUGAGCUCAUGUUCCUCUCUUCUGACGCGAAACGCAGUCGAUUGUUCAAACAAUGAAGUUUGUUGCGUUUUGGUUUGAAACAGUCUAACAAUAGCAAUGUAACAAUAUAAUCUGGUUACAAUUA